AUGCCCCACGUUGAGGUGCGUGUGCAUAAAAGUGUCCCACCAGCCGUUCGCCGUGCACCGCCUACGCCCACAAUUGCCACACGAGGGAGUUUUCAGAAGCUCUCCCCCCACUUGUAUAGACAGUCAUACAAACUCAACUUCGACACAAACCCCAUUGCACAAUAUCCACAAUGUCGCAAGCCGGGUCAGACGGAGCGCCCCAGGGCCAGAGUACGUCCGCCAAUCUCCCUUCAGCCUCGACCAGCAGACAAGCAACAAACACGUCAAGAGCCAACUAACCCAACCUCCGCAGUCAACCUCGCCUCACUUUCAGUCCCGCAGCUGCGCGCACUGCAAACCCGUCUCACCUCCGAACUCGAACACCUGACGACCUCCCACACGAAGCUCCGCGCAGCGCAGGCCAAGUUCCGCGACUGUGUGCGCUCAAUCACCGAUGGUGUGACCGGUAACGAGAAGAAGGGAACAGAUGGUCGCAAUGAGAUUCUGGUCCCCUUGACCAGCUCGCUAUAUGUGAAGGGACGCUUGACGGAUCGCGAGAAGGUGUUGGUGGACGUUGGAACUGGUUUCUACGUCGAGAAGACUCCUGCGAAAGCGACGGAAUUCUACGAUGGUAAGGUGAAGGACUUGGAGACAAACCUGGUCGAAUUGGAGAAGAUUGUACAGACUAAGAGCACGCAAUUGCGCGUCGUGGAAGAAAGUGAGUUCAUACCGAGAGGGUGGCAUACGCGAUCUCGGUUGCAAUGUGUCAAUAUCGUUCGAAGGCUAACUUUUCCCCAGCAUUGA